AUGGACCCUGCUGACGCAUUCACAACAAGCCUCUUCAAGUGGGACCCACGCACGGUCCUUCCUCCUCCUCCUUCCUCUGCCACUCGUCCGCCGCCUCAGAUCCUUGACUACACGGUUGCUCCCCCUGCUGUCUCCCCUUCUUCGGUGUCCUUCCCGCCACCCAAGAGACUCGACCUAGGAGGCCUCGAAGAGCUUUUACAAGCCUACGGUAUACGCUAUUACACGGCGGCAAAGAUGGCAGAGCUAGGGUUCACGGUGAGGACUCUUAUUGACAUGAAAGACGAUGAGAUCGACGAUAUGAUGAAUAGCCUCUCUCAGAUCUUCCGAUGGGACCUUCUCGUCGGUGAGAGGUAUGGUGUUAAGGCUGCCGUUAGAGCUGAGCGGCGUCGUCUCGAGGAGGAGGAGCUUAUCAAACGCCGUAACUUCCUCUGCACCACUGAUACCACCACCAACGCCCUUGACGCUCUUUCUCAAGAAGGUUUAUCAGAGGAACCAGUGGUGCAACAAGAGAAAGAGGCUGCUGGAAGCGGGGGAGGGAGUACGUGGGAGGUGGUAGGCGGCGGAGAAGAGAGGAGGAAGCAGGUGCAGCAAGAAAGGAGGAGGAGAAGAAGCAACAAGAUAAAUAACAAGGGAAUUAAUAGAAGCAACAACGAGGAUGGUGAAGAGGAAGAGUUAGAAGGAGAAGAGAACGACAUGAUUGAAGGGAGCAACGGCGGCAACGGCGGAGAAAGGCAAAGAGAGCACCCCUUCAUAGUGACGGAGCCUGGGGAAGUGGCACGUGGCAAGAAGAAUGGAUUAGACUACCUUUUUCAUCUCUAUGAACAAUGCCGUGAGUUCUUGAUCCAAGUUCAAGCCAUUGCUAAGGACCGUGGUGAAAAAUGCCCCACCAAGGUAACAAAUCAAGUAUUCAGGUAUGCAAAGAAAGCAGGUGCAAGCUACAUUAACAAGCCAAAGAUGAGGCACUACGUCCAUUGCUAUGCCCUACACUGCCUCGACGAGGACGCGUCUAACGAGCUCCGACGAACCUUCAAGGAGAGGGGCGAGAACGUGGGCGCCUGGAGGCAAGCGUGCUACAAGCCUCUAGUUGCGAUAGCUGCUCGUCAGGGUUGGGACAUUGAUGCCAUCUUCAAUGCUCAUCCUCGCCUUUCCAUUUGGUAUGUUCCUACUAAGCUCCGCCAACUUUGUCAUGCUGAGAGUAACAACGUGGUCGCCACCGUAGCAGUCUCUACCUCUGUUUCGCCAGCAGUUGCCCAACUUCCUUUUUAA